CUUUUGGGUCUCACCCCUAAGUCUCUUCUUCUUCUUCUUCUUCUUCAAACUCAAUUACCCAGAUCAGUUGACUUUUCUAGGGUUUUACCCCCUUGUGAUCAUCGUUCUGGAGGGGAGCUGAGAGUAAUGGCGAAUCGGAAUUUGGAGAAGUUGGCAUCGAUCGAUGCCCAAUUGAGGCUUUUGGUUCCUGGGAAAGUUUCUGAGGAUGACAAGCUUGUGGAGUAUGAUGCUCUGUUAUUGGAUGGGUUUCUUGAUAUCCUUCAGGACUUGCAUGGGGAGGCUCUUAAGGAGACGGUUCAAGAGUGCUAUGAACUUUCUGCCGAGUAUGAAGGAAAACAUGACGCCAAGAAGCUGGAAGAUCUUGGAAACGUUCUGACGAGUUUGGAUCCGGGGGACUCUAUUGUCAUUGCUAAGUCAUUCGCUCACAUGCUUAACUUGGCCAACCUGGCUGAGGAGGUUCAGAUUGCUUGUCAUCGACGGAUCAAGUUGAAAAAAGGGGAUUUUGCUGAUGAGAAUUGUGCAACAACUGAAUCGGACAUUGAAGAAACUCUUAAGAGACUUGUGGUGGAAAUGAAGAAGUCUCCUGAAGAAGUUUUUGAUGCGCUGAAAAAUCAAACUGUGGAUCUGGUCUUUACUGCUCACCCUACCCAAUCUGUCCGCAGAUCUUUGCUUCAGAAGCACGGAAGGAUACGGGAUUGCUUAGCCCAGUUGUAUGCAAAAGACAUUACUCCUGAUGAUAAGCAAGAACUUGAUGAAGCUUUACAAAGGGAGAUUCAAGCCGCCUUCCGUACCGAUGAAAUCCGGAGGACACCUCCAACUCCACAAGAUGAGAUGAGGGCAGGAAUGAGCUACUUCCAUGAAACAAUCUGGAAGGGCGUUCCUAAAUUUUUACGGCGUGUGGACACAGCCCUUAAGAACAUAGGGAUAAAUGAGCGUGUUCCUUACAAUGCUCCCCUUAUUCAAUUCUCUUCUUGGAUGGGUGGUGAUCGAGAUGGAAAUCCAAGGGUUACUCCUGAGGUCACACGGGAUGUCUGCUUAUUAGCUCAGAUGAUGGCUGCUAACUUGUACUAUUCCCAGAUUGAGGAUCUCAUGUUUGAGUUGUCUAUGUGGCGUUGCAGUGAUGAACUUCGUGUUCAAGCUGAUGAGCUACACAAAUCCUCAAAGAGAGAUGCAAAACACUACAUUGAGUUUUGGAAGCAAGUACCUCCAAAUGAACCAUAUCGUGUUAUCCUUGGUGAUGUGAGAGAUAAGCUGUAUCAAACACGUGAACGCUCUCGCCAUAUGUUAGCCCAUGGCAUCUCUGACAUUCCAGAGGAGGAAACUUUUACCAACACUGAGCAGUUCUUGGAACCUCUUGAACUCUGCUACAGAUCGCUAUGUGCUUGUGGUGACCGGGCAAUUGCUGAUGGAAGCCUUCUUGAUUUCUUAAGGCAAGUUUCUACCUUUGGUCUCUCUCUUGUGAGACUUGAUAUCAGACAAGAAUCGGACCGGCACACUGAUGUGAUGGAUGCUAUCACCAAGCAUUUGGAAAUCGGUUCCUAUCGAGAAUGGUCCGAAGAACGCCGGCAAGAAUGGCUUUUGUCUGAACUCAGCGGGAAGCGCCCACUCUUCGGUCCAGAUCUUCCGAAAACCGAAGAAAUUGCCGAUGUCUUGGAUACAUUUGGGGUCUUAGCGGAGCUUCCAUCAGAUUGCUUUGGAGCUUAUAUCAUCUCAAUGGCCACUUCACCGUCCGAUGUACUUGCGGUUGAGCUUCUGCAGCGCGAGUGUCAUGUGAAGCAACCAUUAAGAGUCGUUCCAUUGUUUGAGAAACUUGAUGAUUUGCAGGCAGCUCCGGCAGCUGUUGCUCGCCUUUUCUCGAUUGAAUGGUAUAGAAACCGGAUUGAUGGAAAGCAAGAGGUGAUGAUCGGGUACUCAGAUUCUGGUAAAGAUGCCGGACGAUUCUCCGCAGCCUGGCAAUUGUACAAGGCUCAAGAGGAGCUUAUAAAAGUUGCCAAGCAAUUUGGUGUGAAGUUAACCAUGUUCCAUGGUCGAGGUGGGACUGUUGGAAGAGGAGGCGGCCCCACCCAUCUGGCUAUACUGUCUCAACCCCCGGACACAAUUCAUGGGUCGCUCCGUGUUACAGUUCAGGGCGAAGUUAUUGAGCAAUUGUUUGGGGAGGAGCACUUGUGUUUUAGGACACUCCAGCGUUUCACGGCUGCUACGCUUGAGCAUGGGAUGCACCCCCCGGUCUCGCCGAAACCAGAAUGGCGUGUGUUGAUGGACGAAAUUGGUGUUGUUGCUACGGAGAAGUACCGUUCGAUAGUUUUUAAAGAACCUCGAUUUGUUGAGUAUUUCCGCCUCGCCACACCCGAGUUGGAGUAUGGUCGAAUGAACAUUGGUAGCCGACCAUCGAAACGAAAGCCAAGCGGAGGAAUCGAAUCACUCCGUGCAAUUCCUUGGAUCUUUGCAUGGACUCAAACUAGGUUUCAUCUCCCAGUAUGGCUAGGAUUUGGAGCAGCGUUCAAAUACGCCAUCAAGAAGGACAUUAAGAAUCUCUAUAUGCUGCAAGAAAUGUACAAAGCAUGGCCUUUCUUUAGGGUUACCAUUGAUUUAGUUGAAAUGGUGUUUGCCAAGGGAGACCCUGGUAUUGCCGCUUUGUAUGACAAGCUCCUCGUUUCGGAAGAUUUGUGGUCAUUUGGCAAGUGUCUGAGGGCUAACUAUGAAGAAACAAAGGGACUUCUGCUCCAGAUUGCCGGACAUAAGGAUCUACUGGAAGGCAACCUCCACUUGAAGCAACGUCUGCGCCUGCGUGAUUCCUACAUCACUACUCUCAACGUGUUGCAAGCAUACACGCUGAAGCGCAUUCGUGACUCUAACUACCACGUCAAGUUGCGGCCCCACAUCUCAAAGGAGUACGUAGAAUCAAGCAAGUCUGCUGCUGAACUUGUGAAUUUGAAUCCCACAAGCGAGUAUGCUCCCGGUUUGGAGGACACCCUUAUCUUAACCAUGAAGGGCAUUGCUGCCGGGAUGCAAAACACUGGUUAGAAAAACGUGGUUCCUGUUUUCUGUUUUAUUUUUACCGUGUAGAUUGUGCCCGGCAACGUAACUCCGGUGUCGGAGAAACUAUGUUUUAUAAGCCCCGGGUGGGGUUGAAUUUGAGCCAUUUUGUAACUGGAUAAGGCAUGUCAUAACAAUGUUUGAGCUUGACAGAGGACUCUGUUUUUCCAAGGUUAUUUUGUGCACCCUGUUUGGCAUUGAAAUAUAGUGGCAAUACCUAAAUGGCACGGGGUUUGAGUUAUGGAAUA